CAUCCACUUUUUCUAUCCAACACCACCUGGAUACGGCUGACGUGGAAACUAACUUUACAAAUUUAAAAACUUUCCACUAUAAACAAAUACAUACCUAACAAAACAAAUUUUGAGUUUAACCUAGCAACACAAAGUUUAUUUAAUCAAAUAACUGAACUAAAGCCUUUAAGUUAGAUCUUUCGAUUUAAACAAAUAAGUAACUCAUUAAAAAUGUUUUGGGGCUUAAGUGAAUCCUUAGAUUUCUUCAAAGAAUAUCAACAUUGCAACUCACAAUCUUUCGCAAAGGAUUCUCUAAAUUUUCUCAUCUAUGGUUCCUGUGAUCCAAGGCAUAUAAUUGAAACUGCUGCAAAGUCUUACAGUCAUAAUAUACAAAUAAAUUUUUACGUCGUCGAUGGAUGUGUUGAAAUUAUUGCCAGGAACAUUUUACUUCUUGCAAUAGCAGGCGAAAACCACGAUAGUCUUAACCUUCUGCAGAAAGUUCAUCUUUUUAUGGACAUUUACGGUAAUUCAUUGGUACGCCCUUCAUCUUAUCAAUAUCUUUCAAGCAAGGCAAACACACUUCUAAAAAUUUGCACUGAUCAAGAUGUAAGAACUCAAUUAGCUCCUAUAAUUGAUAUUGAAUCGUUGAAAUAUCGAGAACGGGAUGGUUUGGAAAAUGCCUUCAGUUUUUGGUUACCUAAAGAAAAAAACCACUUCGAUAUAGAAAAGAGCUGGGAAAUGCGAAAUCGACAGCUUUUAAAGACUCGGUAUGAUUAUCGCGAUGGUGCUUUCGAUUGGGAUCUACAAAUGUGUUUGAGAGAACGUGGCGCACAUCAGAUAUGCCCUCAAGAAUAUAAACACUGGCGAAACACAGGAGUUGCCUUCACUUUUCCUGAAUAUGAACAAUGCCUAGCAAACAAAACUCUAGCAGCAGGACUUGUACGAAACGGAAGUACAUUUUUUCACAGAGGGUAUGUGGGUGAUGUACAAGUUGGACCAUUUUGCGCAUUUGGUCUUAACUCAAAGGAGCAAUCUAUGCUAAAGUCGUCUCAUGGUGAGAAUGAAUAUCGUUCAACUGAAAUAACCGAACGCAAUCUCCUGGAACUCUUUCACGAGAUUCAAAAUAAGACUCCAUAUGUUCAUGAUAAAAAUAUGUCCCGCAAAUACGGGAAUGUUGUUUUACAAGCUGGUAAAUCUUUUACGGGCUAUAAUCCAGAAGCUCCUGAAAUUGCUGAUUACAAUAAGCCUUUUAUAUGUAUGCCUAAUAUCAAGGUUUACUUUCUUUCAGUAGAUGAAGUUUAUGAAAUACAAAGUCGCACUAAAUGGAAGGACUUUUUUGACAUGGUAUUCGUUGCCCAAAACUAUUUUCAGUUUUUGAAAACAACAUUUGUAGAAAUCUUGCGAGACAAUGCAUUGAUAUACUUUGAAAGUAAUUUGCAUUCAGUAUGUACGAAGGAAAAGUUGGCAGAAUUCGAGGGUAAAAUUAAGUCUUUUGCCAAGUCGUUAUCAUUAAGCAGUUUGACAAAGGGGAGUAUAAAUGUAAAGCAAUCAAUUUUUAAAUAUAAGUUUAACAAAGAAUAAAGAUAUGAUUAAAUACAUUUGUAUAUGAAUUAUAAUGGUCUACAAACAGUAGAGCAGCUUAGAUUCAGUUGAUCAAUAAUAUAAAAUCCUUUCAUUAACAUGGCCAUAAAAUAAACUAGAUACUUUAUUGUCAUCACAUAAUAUUGACUUGACUAAAUGUAUGAUUAGAAUUAUUUAAAAAAAUAAAAAUAUUAAAGAUAUAAAUAUUGUUUUUGGUUUUCUACGGAACCUUAAAUUGUAUAAAAAAGAAGAAUCCAUACGUUAAAGCGUUUAAUUGAAUACACCUGCAUAAGUCAGAAGCUUUACGAAUACAAGUUAAAAGGGAAACCUAAUGAAGUGAAUAGUGGCGAAUGAUUUAACUUUUGCGAAAGGUUUAUGCUAGUCAAGGACUUCAACAAAAAUCAAUCAAGUCACUUUUUCGGUUUCUCUUUAUUCCUCCGUAAAACACAUAAAGUCAGUAAAGACGUCCUCAAGUUUUUACAAGAAUAACGUAUGCUAUUUGAUUUUACUCAUUUAAACUAUUGCUCAACAAAUGAAUACUAAACUAUCUGCGCAAAUGCUUGAAAAAUAGUUUGUCCAUACAGCGGGAACUUUCGAUCGAAAGCUUAAUACUUUUUUGUACUGUACUUACUAU